GUUGCGCAUGCGCGGACGCCCCUGGAUUGUUUCUGUGUCCGGACCUGUUUGUGAUGAUCAGAAAUCUCAUCGCUGUGUGACUGCCAUUAAUAAAACAACACGGAUUUCACACUGCGGGUCAACAUCUAAAAAGAAGAAAAGGCGUGCAAAAGUGUGAAUAAGUUGUUUUAUUGUCUCCUGAGAGAGAUGUGAUGUGAUGAGGGCGGCGGCCCGGAUGCUAGUCAGGAAUUCGCUCUGGAGAUUUUUAUCUGAGGGAAAAUCAACAGAAGGAAGAUUUCUGGUUGAGGAAAAUAUUUCCAAAAAGUAGUUUCGGAUUAUCUCCUGAUUGCUUGGAGCUUCAGCUUCAAUCAGGAUGUGUGUAAUGGCUGGCUGAGUGUGUGUGUGUGUGUUUUUGAGAAGAAUGUUACCAGGUGUGGGUGUGUUUGGAACGGGGCAGACUGUGCGCUCCCUGGUGCCCUUACUGCAGGAGGAAGGUUUUCCGGUUCAGGCUGUCUGGGGCCGGACAGAGGAGGAAGCAGAACGUCUGGCUGAUGAGCUCAAUAUCCCCUUCUCUACCAGCCAAUCAGAUGACGUCCUGCUGCGGCAGGAAGUCCACCUUGUGUGCAUUCUGACACCGCCGCCGUACACGCGCCAGAUUGCUGUGAAGGCACUGGGGAUCGGGAAGAAUGUGAUCAGUGAGCAGGCUGCUACGCUAACCGACGCCUGUACGAUGGUGACGGCGGCGCGGUAUUACCCACAGUUAAUGAGCAUCAUGAACAACGCACUGCGCUUCCUGCCUGCCUUCAUCCAGAUGAAGGAGAAACUGAAGGACGGCUACUGCGGGACGCUGCAGGUGUGUGAAGCGCGUGUGUACGGCGGCUCGUUGCUGAGCCAGUCCUAUGGCUGGGCGUGGGAGGAGCUGAUGGGUGGCGGUGGCCUACACACCGUUGGUUCUUGCAUCAUCGACCUCCUGAGCUACCUGACGGAGGAGCGGGCCAUCCGCGUGCAUGGGAUGCUCAGGACCUUCGUGAGUCACAGUGGCACGGGCGGCGGUAUUCGCUCAGUCACGGCUGAUGACUACGCCUGCUUUCAGCUGCUCAUGGCAGGGGGCGUGGUCUGCAACGUGACACUGAACUUCAAUCUCCCGGGUGCAGACCUUCACGAGGUCAUGCUUGUGGGAUCGUCUGGGAGACUGGUGGCCAGGAGCACCAAGCUGUACGGCCAGAACAACAGCACGAAGGGGGAGGAGCUUAUUUUGUCUGAUAGCAACUCAGUGGCGGGGCCUUCGGUCACAGGAUUGAAAGAGAUGGUCACUCGGCUCAGUCUGUCAUUCCAGGCGCAAGAGGACCGGCGGGCGUGGGCGUGGCAUCCCAUCAGCAUGGCGGCGACGUUCGAGGACGGGCUGUACGUACAGACGGUGGUGGACGCCAUCAAAAGGUCAAAUCGCACCGGAGAGUGGGAGAGAGUAGAAAUCAGGACGGAGGAUGUAGAUCCUAAUCAGAACCACAGAACCGCUCCGAACUGAAGUGAUGAACGGGUCACCAACACCACUGUGGUGGAUAUCCGGGGUGUUUUAGCUGAAACGCUGUGUAGGGGGUAUAAAGUGCUUUACACACACCAUGCAACAAUCACAUUGCCUCGAAAUUAUCGUGAGGACACAAUCACGUCGUAGUUGCCAAUGAACGACAGCUCACUCGCGUGUGUGUGAGAGAGAGAGUGUGAUGUUACUUCUCUCACUCCACCUUUAGAAAUAUGAGUCAGUUUUAUAUAAAUCUCAACACUACAGUUUGUACGAUGUCGUGCUGUUUGAUCGAACCGUUACCUCACCUCUGACUUGGUCAGAAUUUCCGUCUGUUACCCGACUCCGCGCACACCCACUGCAUACCAAACAUUCACUACAAUGCACUUCUCCUGCUGUACAUUUCUGCCUCUGCUGUUGCUCUGAGUUUGUUCCUAACCCACCACAAUGAAACCAAACAGCGUUCUGUUUUCAGCUCUGUGUUUUAGAUUUGUGUUAAAUCCCGACAACGGAAGAGAUUGUUUUUGUUUAGGAAGCUCGUUCUCAGAAAUAUCUUUCUAACAAAGAGAAUUUGUGGAUUCGUUCUUUUAUUUCCUUUUGGUUUUGUUUGUUUAUUGUAUAAACAUGGAUGGGUAAAGAUAUAUCAUAAUAUAUAUUUUCCUUUAAUUUUCACCACCGGAUCAUGUGUUCUUUAGUUUCUCUAAUUCAAUUAAACUGUGAUAUUUUAGAAUGGAUGAUACUGCAGUAGAAAUUCCACACCAUGCACUUGUAUCCUGUAUAACUCGUAAACUUUUUCUCUGUUAUAAAACGACCUACAAUUUGAGAAAGGUGCUGUACAAGUUAAAGUAUUAUUCUCUUUAUCAGACUUGUCAGCUGAGGGAACUUGGUUCAUAAAUAUAAUACUGAUAUGUACCUUAGUUGAAAUCAUCAAAAAGGUGAUUUUAAAAGUUUUUUUUUUUAACUAAUUGAAAAACUUUUCCUUUUUGUUUUAUUAAAGCUGAAUGGUGGAGGGAAAUUCUACCUUUUCAGAUGGGAAGUGGAGCGUGCAGUGUAUUGACUUGUGUGAAAAGCUCUUGUAGCUGAUUAUCUUUUCAACCUUUUUUUUUUAACUACAAACCGAAUUGACACUGGAGAUAUGUCACUGGAAAUGGUGUGCGUGUUUGUGUAUGUUCACCGUUAAGCUACACAAUUAGGUGUUCAGCUGUGAAUAUUUUAUUUAAAUGUUUUAAGCCAAGUGUUCAUGCAGGAUUUCUCCAGAAUGUAUGCUUGUUUAUUGAACCGAACAGCAGCGUUAACACGAUCUGUACAUCUCGGAAGAGAAACGCUGGCCUUGAGCUUAGUGCUCAGAUUCUCUCAUGGACAGCUUUCAUGUGGCAGACUGUCAGGUCGGAAUGCUGGCUGCGAGUCGUCGUUGUCUACUGUUGGUGUUUUAGAAACUAACACCUGUGUGUGUAAAAAGCUGUGUGGAGUUUGCAGCAGGUAUUUAUUGUCUAAACCUGAUUGCAGUGUAAGAGAGUGAGAACAGACCUGUGUUCCUUGUGGGUUGAAUAAAAUGCUUCAGAAUUUUA